AUGGCCGAUCCGUCCCACUUCACUGAUCCCUUUUGGGAACCCCAGGAUCAGAUCCCUGUUGAACUUGACGCUCAACCCCAAAUCAGCCCCUUCAAACCCGCCAAUCUUCUAUACUCAAUCUCCUCUUCCUUGGAGACCACUCCCGUUGGGAUUGAAUUUGCCGUGGGAGGUCUCGGUACCAUUGCCGCCAAAGCUGAUUCUCCCACAGAAAGUGUUGUAUUUACCAUUCGCCCCGAAAAGCGAAAGGAACAGCCAACUCUGAGGCUUGAAAUCACCAAGACUGACUGCGUUCUGUCAAAGAAGGACAAAGAUGCUGACAAGUUUGUCGCAUAUAAAGAAAAACUCACUUUUCAAUCCGAUGAAGAGAGGAGCAAGUUUCACGACCUUGUCAUGUUCCCGAAGGGAAAAACCUCAGCGUUGCUUGACACGUUGACUAAGAGGCCUACUUACUGGAUCUCGGUUGAUAGAAGCAACGCUCGCAUCCGGUAUGGCCAAUCCCUGAUCAACAAUUCCAUGACUUUCAUGGAGAUUCAGUUCGACAAGGAGAAAGCUGCUUGGAUGGACAAUCUCGUUUCCACCGAAGUUGAGCAAGACGGAUCUCCGAUUUCGAACAAAGAAAUCAAGUACAAGCCGCAGCCUGUCACUGUUGAUCUCCCUCCUGUUGUUAUCCCCGAGUCGGAGAUGACACUGGACAUCCUGGAGAAAAUGACAGCCAUGACGUUUGCCAAUCUGCCCAAGGCCUGUCAGAAGCUGUACCAUAACAUUUCCGGAGCCAAGAUCACAGCGAGACCGGAUUCGUUCCCGAAGCUUCCUGAAGCUAUUGACGAGAGCUGCAGAGAUGAGAACAAGUACUGCGGGGCCAUUCUCAAGGCAAAGGACACCUUCAAAGAUCCAACUGAGACCUAUCUUCGCAUCACGAUUGGUGAUAAUCUGGCCGAUUCACCCGGAAUUCCCUACGUCAUGGAAAUCUGGCCUCCAGGUCACAAGUCGCCUAUUCAUCAGCACGGCGACGCCUCAGCGGUCAUCAGAGUCCUCUACGGAAAGAUCCAAGUAUCGUGGUUCGACAAGGUCGAGGAAGGAAGUAAUCCACAACUUAUUGGUAACCCAGUGAUUCUUGAAGAAGGCAAAGUCACUUGGUUAGGCAAGGAUCAGUAUCAAGUCCAUCAACUGGAAAACACCUCAAACACUGUCUGUAUCACUCUUCAGUGCUAUCAGUUUGACGAUGAUGAUAGGGUUCACGAUGAGGCGUUUUACUGGAUGGAUAACCAGGGGCAUAGGAACAAGUUCAUUCCGAAUAGCGAUAGUGCGUACGGGCUGUUCGUGCAGAAGGUCAAGGAUGAGUGGGAGAAGUCACACCGAGCCUAG